AUGCUUGGACUUGCCCCUGCGUUGCUUUUGGGCGUCAAUGCCACUGUACAGGUGUCCGAAUACUCACAAGCUGUGCUGAAGCCUGUCGAAUCGAUCGAUGCCAUCUACAAACGACAAGCCGCGCAACCAUUCAAUAAUGACUACACCGGUCCAUAUUACGAAUCCCCGCCAAAAUACCCAUCGCCAUGGGGUUCAGGUGCCGGCGACUGGGCUACUGCCUACGAAAAGGCCCGUUCCUUCGUUAGCGGGCUGACCUUGAUGGAAAAAGUCAACCUCACAACCGGCACUGGUUGGGAAUCUGAUAAAUGUGUCGGCAACACGGGCGCUAUUCCUCGGAUCGGAUUCCCGUCCCUGUGUAUGCAGGACGGUCCCCUUGGUAUCCGUUUCGCCGACUAUGUCACCGCUUUCCCCGCAGGAAUUAAUGUGGCAGCCACAUGGAGUCGUGAACUUGCGAGAGCUCGGGGUGAAGCUAUGGGGGCUGAGAACAGAGACAAGGGUGUCGAUACCCUGUUGGGCCCUGUAUGUGGUCCACUGGGUCGUCACCCGGAAGGUGGUCGAAACUGGGAAGGGUUCAGCCCCGAUCCGUAUCUCACCGGAGCUUUGAUCGCACCCACGAUCCAAGGCAUCCAGAGCCAGGGUGUUAUGGCAUGCACCAAGCAUUUCAUCGCAAACGAGCAGGAGCACUUCCGCCAAGUCGGGGAGUCGAUCGGCUAUGGUUACAACAUCACUGCCACUCUUAGCUCCAACAUCGACGAUAAGACCAUGCAUGAGCUCUACCUCUGGCCUUUCGCUGAUGCUGUUCGAGCUGGCACCGCUUCCGUCAUGUGCUCUUAUCAACAGGUGAACAACUCUUAUGGUUGUGCGAACUCUUACACCAUGAACCACCUCCUCAAGGGCGAACUCGGCUUUCAGGGCUACAUCAUGUCCGACUGGCAGGCACAGCACUCUGGUGUUGGCACUUCACUGGCCGGACUGGACAUGAGCAUGCCGGGUGACACACUUUUCAAUACUGGCUACAGCUACUGGGGCACGAACCUGACCAUCGCUGUUCUCAAUGGCACCAUUCCAGAGUGGCGCAUCGACGAUAUGGCGACGAGGAUCAUGGCAGGCUACUACUAUGUCGGGCGUGAUGCCGUCUAUACCCCAACCAACUUCUACGCCUGGGGUCAGGAUACCUAUGGACACGCUUCAGCCGCUGACCCGAACUCCCCUUUGAUCAUUGUCAAUGAACAUCUCAAUGUCCAGGACGAGCAUCGAAAUAUUGUUCGCGCAGUCGGCCAGGCAUCGAACGUCCUCCUGAAGAACACCAACGGUGCUCUCCCACUCAAAGGGACCGAGAGGCAGGUCGGGCUCUUUGGCUACGAUGCUUGCAGCAAUCCUUGGGGCGCCAAUGGAUGUCCCAAUCGUCAAUGUAACAACGGUACUCUCGCGAUGGGCUAUGGUAGCGGGACCGCGGAGUUCCCGUAUCUAGUCACGCCAGAACAAGCGAUACAACACUACAUCUUGACGCAAACCAACGGCGAGACGCAAACUAUCUGCGACAACUAUGCCGACAGUCAAAUCAGAAGUCUUGCGACGCAAGCCGAUGUUGCUAUCGUCUUCGCAAACGCCCAGUCUGGAGAAGGAUUCAUUACCAUCGAUGGCAAUACUGGCGAUCGUAACAACUUGUCCCUGUGGGAAGGAGCAGAUCGACUGAUCAACAAUGUUACCAAGUACAACAACAACACUAUCGUCGUCAUGCAUACUGUGGGUGCCGUCAACGUGUCUGCUUGGUAUGACAACGAAAACGUCACCGCGAUCGUCUGGGCUGGACUUCCUGGCCAGGAGAGCGGUAACGCUCUUGUCGAUGUCCUGUACGGUCUUGUCAACCCUGGCGGUAAACUACCAUUCACAAUUGCCCGCAACCGGGAAGAUUACGGGACCGAUGUCCUGUACGAGCCAAACAACGGGCAAUUUGACGCUCCACAGGAAUACUUUGCCGAGGGCGUCUUCCUCGAUUAUCGACACUUUGACCAGGAAGGUAUCGAACCAAUCUACGAGUUCGGCUUUGGUCUCAGUUAUACGACAUUUGAAUAUUCCAACUUGGUCAUCACUCCGGGGAACCCAGCACCAUAUGUGCCGACCAGUGGCUUGACGGCACCUGCGCCGAGCUACGGUACUGCACCGACAGACUUGUCUGAAUAUGUCUUCCCGAAUGACAGCAUCCCAUACCGAUACUACGAGUUCAUCUAUCCGUAUCUCAACAGUACUAAUCUCGAGGCUUCCGCCGCCGAUCCCGACUAUGGCCUGCCAACCGAGCAGUAUGUUCCCGCGGGCGCACAAGAUGGCUCUCCGCAGCCAAUUCCAGCGGCGGGGGGCGCCCCUGGUGGCAAUCCUUUGCUGUAUGAGAUUGUGGCAACGGUGACGGCAACAAUCACCAAUACUGGCGAUGUUGAGGGUGAUGAAGUUGCCCAACUUUACGUCUAUCUCGGUGAAGGAGAGCCGCCCAAGGUCCUCCGUGGAUUCGACCGCAUCACCAUUGCCCCUGGCCAAUCCGCGACAUUCACCGCCGAGCUCACCCGCCGUGAUGUCUCCGUUUGGGACACUAUUUCACAAGACUGGGUCCAGGUCGAGAAUCCAACCAUCUACGUCGGUGCGUCCAGCAGAAACCUCCCUCUCUCUGGCACUCUGUCAAGUGGUGGAUCUUCACCGCCCGCGCCCGCCGGACCCUCAGGCGGCCAUGGCACCUGGUCUUCGGCCCCUCCAUCGUCGGCCGCAGGCUCUGCCACAUAUUCCUAUGGUGGACACCCAACGGGUGCACCUGUCUCUCAAAUCUCUGACGGACAACCACAAUGGGGAGCUCCAACAGGACAUCCUGCUGUGAGCCAGCUUAGCGACGGUCAGCCGCAGGCUUGGCCCACAUCCGCAUGA